CGUGUGCGGGCUGGGAGGAGUAGUGUCCUUGUGCUUCCCACAGUCCCACUGCUCAGUGGUGCUUCCUGUGGAUACCACAAUACUGGUGAUAUUAUCCGUUCCUCUGUCGGUGAUAAUUAUGAUGCAGGUUUUCCCUGGCGAAUUUUGACUCUAAUCUCCACCUCAUGACAGGACCUUGGAUGUUAAAUUUCUGUCACCACCUGACUAUUCCACUGUCUGCCCACUGUGUAAUAUUGUGAGCCAUGCUGGAUACAGCGGAAUAAUGACUAACCUGGGGAAAAUACACCAGUUUUUUAAAACUCCCAUCAAAAGAGUGCCAUGCCAUGAGAAACUGAGCAGGGAAAAAGUGGAAAGGAAGUGAGACUGGGGGCUGAAGUACUUGUUUGGUGAGAAAAACUAAAGCCACCCUAUUAGCAGGUUGGCAGCAGCUGAGACAGCCAGGCCUUGAGGAUGACUAGCUUGUUCAGGCGUAGUAGCAGCAAUGGAGCCUCCAGAAGCAGUGGGAGUGGUGGUGAUGGUGGCAGUGGACAGGGGCAGCUCAACAACAGCAGGCCAAAUCAGCAGGUCAGACGCUUGGAGUUCAACCAGGCUAUGGAGGACUUCAAGACUAUGUUCCCAUCUAUGGACUAUGAGGUGAUUGAGUGUGUGCUGCGCUCCAACAAAGGAGCUGUGGAUACCACCAUUGACCAGCUGCUCCAGAUGAGCAUUGAUGGACAGAGCUCAGAUGACAGCUCAGACUCUGAUGACAACAUCCCACCAGAGAUUUUGGAUCGAACACUGGAACCUGAAAGUUCAGAUGAGGAAGCACCUCCAAUCUACUCUCCACCAACAUAUGAUAUGCACGUUUAUGACAGGAAAUACCUGGAAACUCCACCAACACCCCCACCAAAAUUUGAAGCCCGGUCAUCUCCAGGACGUCAGCAGGUCAGAAGCUAUCGGAACUGGAACCCUCCUUUGCUAGGUAAUCUCCCUGAUGAUUUUCUACGGAUUCUGCCUCAGCAGUUAAACAGUACGAAGCAGAACUGCUUGAGCCAUCUAUCCUCAUCAUCAUCCGCAGUCUCUCUAAGUCAGUGGACAGCCCAGGCUGGUUCUUGGUUUGGAGCUGCAGGGACCACUGGGGCUUCAGGUUUGGCAACAGGAGCUACAGAGCAAGACAAGAAACUGAAGCAGUAUCUGGAAGAUGAGCGCAUCGCCUUGUUCCUACAGAAUGAGGAGUUCAUGAGAGAGCUACAGCGCAACCAUGAGUUCCUCAUGGCCUUAGAAAGCGAUCGCUUGAAGUACGAAUCGCAAAAAUCUAAGUCCGAUCAGUCAUCUAGCCUGGAGAAUUCUACAGGAGAACAGUACUCUGCAGCUUCAAUGGAUGCCAUCUCAGAUGAUACCCUGUUCAGAGACAAACUCAAACAUAUGGGCAAAUCAACGAGAAAGAAACUAUUUGAAAUUGCCAGGACAUUCUCAGAAAGGACAAAGCGGAGAAGGUCAAAAAGGAGGACGUUCCUGAAGCACCAUUUAUUGGGGUCAGCCAACUCUACAGCUAAUCUUCUUGACGAUGUAGAGGGAAACAUCAAUGAGGAAGAUGGUCAGCCCAGAAGAACAAAUACUCAGGAAGAGAAUAAACAAAGCAAUGAACUAAUAUCAUGAUCUUUGUAUGCUGCACCAUAUCAGGGUUACCAUGAUGACAGCAGCAUCACCAGUGGGUCUAACAACUCCUUCUGUUCCCACCUCCUCAACCUAUCCCAAUUCAAACCACUCAAUAGAAGGCUCAGCUACAAGUUGAGCCACCCUCUUCCCAGAGAGAAGAAACAGACUGUUUGCUGUCUAUACAUGUGUUAUCUCUGUAUUAUUUUUUUCUAUAUAAUUUAAAAUGUAAAAGAAAGGCUUUAGUACUUAACAGUAUUUGUUAACUGCUUCUUUUGAAUACCUGAGAAAAAUACUAGCGUUGUUAUGGACUUGCCAUAUGAACUUAGUUUCAGGCUGAGCAUUUCAAAUCCAAAGUGAGUACAUGUCCCUUAUAUACAAGCCAUGUAGAGUUUUUUUUAAAACAUGUUUCUUAAUCAAAUGGUAAUAUUUUCCUGUUUUUAAACAUCAGAGGUUAUGUAUCCUAAUUAUUAUGUGUCAAGAUAUUGUAGCCAUUAAAGCUGUGACAACCCAGUUUUCAGGUGUCCAUGGCCAUAUUAACCAGUUUAAAAGACUGUGUUCUUAGAAAAGCAUGUUUGGGCAGUUGACUUCAAUGCUGCAGUUUUUGGAGUGAUUUACUAGUUUCGUUUGUUUGGUAAGGUGAAAACCGUGUCAUACAGUUUGUUGUAGCACCACUAAUAGCACAGCUGCACAGGUAGAAGUUGUGAUUAGAAAACCUAUGAAGAAAUAUAGUACUUAUAAAGGACAAAUGAUCUUUCUCACUAAGUUUUAAAGGGCUAACAAGGAGUCUUGAUAUUGUUAAAGCCCAACUGUGCUUGAAACAAAUGAGGCUAUGUUCACAUUACUGGCCUUAAUGCUCAAUUUCUCAAUUUUUUAAAGACAGAUUCAAUCUUCUUGUGUUGCUAUUUCACAUACAUAGUUGUGAUAUGUAUCAGUCUCCACUGUAUACACUGUAGCACUGGUAUGACUCAGAUUUAGGAUCACAUAUGCAAUUCACAAACAUCUAAUAUUAAAAAAAUCACUUUGGUGAAAAAAAAUCAAUUAUGAGUCAUUUGAAAAGAUGAUGUGAGAGAUGGGAGAUUUUUGGUUCUAUACAGCACCAUUUGGUUGUCAAGCCUGAGUAUUAUUUUUUCAGUUGCGCUCCUGAAAUACUGAGCAUGAUACCAAGUUAUUUGAAUUACCAGCCUUCAAUUUUCAAAGUGUGGUAAUGGUGGUAAACCAGCAGGCAUCUUCAAGGUUGGGAAAAUACAUUUAAACAAUGUUAUGCAUGAAUUCAUUUAACACUCUCACUUUGGUUGAAUGGCUGAAUGAAUGGAUCAAUUUGAUAAUAGUGGAAGUGAGGGCCUCAGGCCACAUGACCUGCUUUGACAGUCUUAAGUUGCAAAUUUAAGGACUUGAGACUUGCUUGACUAAUGCUGGUAAAAGACUUGACUUUGACUUGGAAUUUAUGGCUUGAGACAACAUAGACUUGAGACAGAUGACUCAAAAU